GAGACUUUUAUAUUUUUUAAGUGGCCAACUUUACAUCUCAUAUCCUACUGAAUUUAGUAUGUAAGAGGCAUGUAUAUUUAUAAGUGUCUAUCUUUGUAUCUAAAGUACAGAUAAGAGGCUUUGUUUAAGUGUUUGUAAAAAUAUAUCAUUGUGUCAACAGAAAUUUUAAUUGCGGUAAAGAGGCAGUUUAAAAGAUAAAAUAUUCCAUCGAGUGCUCCUCACACACAAUGUUAAAUAAACAAUCUUAUUUUAAAAUGUUUGCGCGUCGUGUGAAUUUGACGAAACAUUUUAUGGCGGGAUCGAACAAGGAUAUUUUUCGCUGGGAGUCUGGAAGAUUUGGAACAAUUGUUCUUUAAAUUUGUGAAGUUUUGUGUUUCCGCAAUUGGUGUCCGUCACAUAAGGUAAGAUAAGAAACAUUUUACAUGGUGUAGCUGUCCCUUGUUUUUUUGUGUUUUUCUUAGUUUCUUUCUUAAUACUUCCUUAUAAAAGCUUUGGUUAACUUAAGUACUGUGGUAGUCAAACUUUUCGAUGUUUUUUUGGAGUGUUUAAAUGUUUUUGGUAGACGGCCGGCGCAUCUGGGAUUAAUCUGGCCCCGAAUACGAACUUAAACAAGGGUCUAAAUAUCUAGGUAGUCAAAAUUUCCUGUUAGCGUUUCUAAUUUCUCACUUGUGGAGCACUACGGAUGAUUUAAGCCUCCAUUAACACGAACGAAUAUUUUUUUUGGGCCGCUGCGCAGCGGCUACUUAUACCAGUUGCGAAAGAAUCGAAGAAUCUUAUUGUACAAUGAAUCCCUAUUGCAAGGGCGUAUUAAAAAUAUUUCAAUUCCAUGGGUUGUGUUUUUUUAUGAGAAACAAUGGAAUGGAUUUAUAUAAUUCUGAACGUAUUUCAUUUGCCAUAGCAAUAUAAUUGUUGAUGAUUAGCUAAAGUAUAAAAGUAUGUUGCAGAUGUUUCGUUAAGAUUUCCGUUAUAUUUGCCAAGUUUUAAAAAAAUGAAUAUGCAUAGAUAUCGGAAUCGCAAAAAGUUAAAAGAUUAAUAUUUGUAGUUUUCAUUUUUUGUAUUUUCGAUAUGGAUAUAUUCGCACCUGUUCAAAAAAUGAACAUCUAUUGGAAAACAAGGAGCAAAAAUAUAGUGUUUAUUUUUUUAGUGUCAUUUUAUUUCUGUUCGAUGUUUGCUUUUACAUUUGAAUGUUAUCCCCGUAAGCUUCGGACUGCACGCAGCUAACAGAUUGCAUCAAAUGGGGAACCAAUAUUCCACUGAACUAAGGUCUAUAGGUACGCGAAAGUUAUCGACGAAAAAACGGGAAAUCCAAGAAUUAAAAUAUGCAAGAAAUAAUGGUAACAAAACCAUUGGUCCUGUGCCAAUAAAACGAAAUCUUCUGACAAAAUCAAGAAGUUGUGAGGAGCGAAAAAUUGAAAGCAUAAACAUACGAACUACACUUAGCCUCAACAAUAUAAAGUCUCAUCAAGAGGCGAAGGUUGCAGAUAUGGACUCUCUGCAAAACAAAUCAAGCACAGCUCAACACGAGACGAUAUCAAUAAAUAGGAAUGAUGUAACGCUUGAGAGCAAUGGGGAACAGGACAUUAAAAGCGAAACCAAUGAGACUUCGACCUCAAAACCUAUUUUAGGAACUGUUGAAUGCUAUGAUAAAAUAAUUGAAAAGCACGAAAAAAAUGCAGGGUCCAAUGAAUCGAGUACUUGCCUAAAUGAAUCAAUGGAUAAUGUUCUCAAUGAGUAUGAAGAUAGCUCUGAGGUGUCAAAUGAAGAUGAUAACAAGGACUAUUUAAAAGUCCCAAAUCUUACCCCAAGACGUAAUACAUUUUCAAGCGAAACCAAAAAAUCCAGCAUGAAGUCUUCGCAAAUAGGAUUGAAAGAGCUUGUAGUUCUACAAAAACAAAAAAAAGUUAGUUUAAACGACAACGUGUUUAUAUACGAGUCGGAUAGUGACUCGUGCGGCCCUUCGGAUGUACAUACACGUCCCGGACGUUCAAAAAGCGAAGCUUGUGUUGAAUCAAAAGAUGUAGCAAAUGCAAAACACACACGAAGGAGAACUAAAUCAGAUAUUGAUUCUAAGCAAUAUUUUGAUCAAAAGACCAUGCCGUUGCCAAGUCAUCUAAUUAAACGAAUAAAUUACGCGAAACGACACAGGCGUUUAACGCAAUCUAAAUCGUUUACCGCGAAUGCUCUAACUAAACCAACAACCGAAGCCAAGAAAUUACAUCUUAGAAUGCCAUUACGAUGUAGGAUCAAUGUUAAAUUAAUACCUGAUUUUGAUCAAUACGAAACCGCAAGGAGUAUUGAAAUAAAACACGUUCUUUGUCUGCGAAUUACACCGUUAUCGUUUAAAGAAAUCGAAAAAGCUCACCAACUCUUCGAAGCGGAGAUAACCUUUACUGAAGGUACAAUGCGAGAUGUUGUGGACACCGUGACAGGAAAAACUCAAAAGAGACUAGUUAGAGCACACUCGUGGACUGGCUUUUCACAUACAGUAGAGCUAAGCAAAGAUAAAUUGACAAUUCAAGGGAACUUUCAAGCCACCAAUCGCGGCUUGAUACCGUUUUUAGAGUUUGAAUUGGAACUGCAACCCAAUUAUAAAUCUAUACCCUCUGCGGAUACGGGUGAAAAACUUUUAUCGGUGGGCAGGUUUGUUUUCCAAGACACAAGACAAAUUAUCAAAGAAAAAAUAUAUAAAUGGAAAGCAGCAGUCGAACGUUUUGACGGAUUUCCCUCUUCUGAUUCAGAAGAUGAACAGUAAGGUCAGAAUCACGUGUGAGAGUGUUUUGUAUUUUGAAAUUAUAUUCAAACAUUUUUUUUUUUGUAUAAAGACAGUGUACUUAUUAUGGGAAGAAAAAGAAAUUAAUUUCUUAA